AUAGAAGAAGAAGAAGGAAGACUUGAAACAAAAUAGAGAGACUGAACCGUUUUGAAAGUUUGAAUUCUGACCCAGUUUCUCAUAUUCAAUGAAGAAUUUAAAGCAGCUUGAUGGGUUUCCAACUACACCACCAAAAGCCAAAGUUGGUGCUCGCAUUUACUUCUUGCCAACCACCUCCCUCUCUCCUUACUUGCAUAUAAUCCUCUGUCCCCUAACCACAUCCUUUGAAGCUGCACAAACCAGUAAGUAAGUAAGUAAACAGUAACAUUGGAGAAGCUCCCAGAAUCAUCAUGGCUAGAGAGAGGGAUCUGCUGUCCACAGAGAUCGUCAACCGUGGGAUCGAGUCUUCAGGUCCCAACGCAGGCUCCCUGACGUUCUCUGUUAGGGUUAGGAGGAGGCUGCCUGAUUUUCUCCAGUCAGUGAACCUCAAGUAUGUGAGGCUGGGUUACCAUUACCUCAUCAAUCACGCCAUCUACCUGGCCACCAUUCCUGUUCUGGUGCUUGUGUUCAGUGCUGAGGUUGGAAGCCUCAGCAGGGAAGAGCUGUGGAGGAAGCUGUGGGAGGAUGCUCGCUAUGACCUCGCGACUGUGCUUGCUUUCUUUGGCGUUUUGGUCUUCACGCUCUCUGUCUACUUCAUGUCUCGCCCCAGGUCCAUUUAUCUCGUCGAUUUUGCCUGCUACAAGCCUCACGAUGAUCUCAAGGUGACCAAGGAUCAGUUCAUAGACAUGGCUCGCAGGACGGGCAAGUUCGACGAGGCGAGCUUGGAAUUCCAGAAGCGAAUUCUGCAUUCCUCAGGGAUUGGGGACGAGACCUACAUUCCCAAGGCGAUCAUGGCUCAGGAGAACUGCGCGACGAUGAAAGAAGGUCGCGCAGAAGCUUCAACGGUGAUGUUUGGUGCGCUCGACGAGCUGUUUGAGAAGACGAGGAUCCGGCCCAAGGACGUUGGCGUCCUGGUGGUGAACUGCAGCAUCUUCAACCCGACCCCGUCCCUCUCGGCCAUGAUCAUCAACCACUACAAGAUGAGGGGCAACAUCCUGAGCUACAAUCUGGGAGGAAUGGGCUGCAGUGCCGGGAUCAUAGCCAUGGACCUGGCUCGCGACAUGCUCCAGGCCAACCCGAAUAGCUACGCCGUGGUGGUUAGCACGGAGAUGGUUGGAUACAAUUGGUACUCUGGCAAGGACCGGUCGAUGCUCAUCCCCAACUGCUUUUUCAGGAUGGGUUGCUCUGCCAUCCUCAUGUCGAAUCGCAGGCGCGACUACACGCGUUCCAAGUACCGUCUCGAACACAUCGUUCGAACCCACAAAGGUGCUGAUGAUCGCAGUUUCAGGUGUAUUUACCAAGAAGAGGAUGAAGAGAAGCACAAGGGGCUGAAAGUGAGCAAAGAUCUGGUUGAAAUAGGGGGAGAAGCCUUGAAAGCCAACAUCACCACUCUAGGUCCUCUGGUGCUGCCAUUCUCAGAGCAGCUCCUCUUCUUUGCAACCCUAGUGUGGGGCUACUUGUUUGGUAGUAACCAGAAGAAGCACAGAGGCAGUGGCUGUGGCAGUGGAGGAGGUCAUCCAUACAUCCCGGACUACAAGCUGGCGUUCGAGCACUUCUGCGUCCACGCUGCGAGCAAGACGGUGCUGGAUGAGCUGCAGAGGAACCUGGAGCUGAGCGACGAGAACGUCGAGGCGUCGAGGAUGACGCUGCACAGGUUUGGGAACACGUCGAGCAGCAGCAUAUGGUACGAGCUGGCGUACCUGGAAGCGAAAGAGAAGGUGAGGAGAGGGGACAGGGUGUGGCAGCUGUCGUUCGGGUCCGGUUUCAAGUGCAACAGCGUGGUGUGGAAGGCAAUGAGGCGGGUGAAGAAACCUGCAAGGAAUCCAUGGCUUGAUUGCCUUGACAGGUAUCCUUUCCAAGCUUAGAAACAGCAAGCUGGUGAGGUGGAGUCGUGGAGAGGAGGGGAAACUUGCAUGUGACAAUUACUGCAUCAAAGCAUAUUCUUGAGAAGGGCACACUCACACACAUGGGUUUGGAUUCGGUUUUCUUUUCGAAGUAGACUUGUUAUGAGCAAUUAAAGCUUGCAGCUCUUUGUUUUUUUUUUUUCUUUUCUGCCGUUGUUGGUUUAUGUACCUUGGGUUUGGAUUUAAAACAGGCAGUGGAGGGUAUUUAGCAGAAGGGGGAACCUGCCCUUCUGGAUAUAUCUAUGAAAAAAAUCCAAUUUUAAAGUGAUAGGGUGAUCUUGCAUUUUGGGAGGAACUGUAACUUUAAUUGGGUGCUUCAUUCAAGGUUAAAAAAAAGCUAGGCGUAAGGCGAGCGUUGAGACACUGUUUAGCGCCUAGCAUGCUUAGGUGUUGCCUAGGCGUGCCUAAGCGUUAGAUGUUAAGGUAGCA